AUGCAUGCCUCACUACUCUUCGUAUCGGCGCUAGCCGCUUCCGUCUGGGCUGCCCCUACGUAUCCCAAGAUCGACGCAGGUGCCAGCAUCCCCGACAACAUCCGCACCGUCUCCGAAUACUUCAACAUGCUCGCCUCCAAGGUGCAAGACAGCCGGUUACUCAACAGCCCACCAAUCUGCGACCUCUCCAAAGUCUCACUCCCAGCAGGCGCCGCUGGCCUCCCAUCACCAUCCCCAAACCUCCACCUCCGGCACAUCGCCAUCGGCCGCGGGACACAAAACUACACGUGCAACCCUGCCGAGCCCAACGAGGCGCCCAAGGCAGCGGGGGCGCUCGCAACGCUCUUCAACGCCUCUUGCCUGGUAGCGACCAGCCCGCACCUGGCCAACACGCUGACGCGGGCGGCGCUGCACUUCGAGGUCGGGCAAAGCGCGGCGAGCGAGCAGCUGGCGCCGUCCAACAUCGGGCUCAGCGGCGUGCACUUCUUCACCGACGCGACCACGGCCCUCUUCAAGCUGGACGUCGCCCCGGCGCUGCAGAUCGGCGAGCUCCCCUGCGGCAAGAACGCGAGCGCCGACGCGCCCACGGACGCCCCCAAGGGCCUGCAGGGCGAGGGCGCUGUCGCCUGGCUCAAGCUCAUCGCCAAGCCCGGCGCCACCGGCGGCCUGCAGGAGGUCUUCCGCGUCGAGACCGUUGGCGGCAGCGCGCCUGCGACGUGCAAUGGCUUGCCUAAUGCGUUCGAGGUGCAGUAUUCGACGCAGUGA